GAUCAGUUGCCAAAACAAAAACCCAGCCAUUUUAAUCUAGAAUUGUAUAGUGAGUCUGUGAAAUGAACCAGGUUUGGGUGUUCUUCAAGCUCAUCGAGGUGGUGCUGGGCAGUGUUUGUAUGUUUUUCCACAUACGGGGCUCAACCUACUGGCAAGAGCGCACUCCGCAUGUGAUCCUAUACUGCGCCACAUUUUCCUCCUUCACGGCACUCGCCGCACUGGGUGCUUUCCGCCUGAUGAUAGCUAGGAGUUCGGUGCUCUCCUCCCAGCUGCUGCUCACACUGAGUGCCGUGCUGUCGCACUACUUCUGCGGCUUGCUGAUAAUGCGCACUGCCAUGGAGGACCCUCACCUGGCUUCCAUCAAUUCCACCAUCGAGUACCUGGAACACCCGCACUUCGCACACUGCAAGCAGAAGAGCAUCGCUGCACUGGUUACUGGCACCAUGUACCUGAUGCACAUGUUCCACGUGUUCGAUCUGCUGAUGCGCAUGGAACCCGGCGACUGGAAACGUCAGGCGACGGGCCGUACGUACUUUGAGGGAACGGAGUCUGGAUCAACCGGACUGUUUGUGCUUUCCAAGCCAGUGGACGACUUUCUUUGCAAGGGCUGCAGUUGCUACUAUAAGUUGGCCAGUUCUCAGACGCUGUACUUCCGGCCGAAUGCGGAGGUGGAGCAGCCACACUUUGUAGCCCGCAUGUGGCAGUUCCUUGGGGAUGCUCGUAAAAAGUUUUUUUCGUUGCAUCAGAUCGAGAGUGAGGAGAGUUUUCUCUCCACGCCGACAAUAACCACCAGUGAAUCGGACAGCACACCGGUGGUCUCGGAGUACAGUCCGUCCAUGGAAGAGGAACCGAAUAAACUACGCCGAUCUGCUUCAGCCUGGCGCGGCUCCAGCGAUUCCUCGAGCCUGUGGGCCAAAAUCGAGGACAGAAGCACUUCAAAUCGGUCGAGUCAGAACAGCGAGGCCACAGUGAAACCCAGUGGAAUGGAUCGCAGGCUAACCCGGCGAUCUACGCUGUGGGGAGACACCGAGAGAAGGGAGAAGUCGGAGAUUCUGCUGGUAGAACAGGGUUCCAGCUAUUCUCGGAUCAGAACUUUAAGCAAUGCGGAAUUGCUCCAUAAGCCAAGCGAUGCAGGACAAAAGGAGCAAGAAGUUCAAGAAGCACCUAACCCAAAUAUAACUAAUGGAGAAGCUACGGACUCAGAAAUUAAACGUUCUUCUAAACAUGGAACUGAGCAAACUUAGAAAACAUUAAACAUCAGUAAUAUU